UACCUUCUCACUCUUUUGAUGAUCAACAAGCAAUAACGCAGAACAUCCACUGGAGGGAGACGCAGGACUUUCAUUCCAUUAACCAAGAGCCGCUAGAGUCUGAAGGGCACUGUUAGUGAGUGUGUUACUCUGCAAUUCUCCCUCCCUUUCUGUAAUCACCCCACCCUGUGUGCUAACACUCUUAAAUAACUGUCUACCCACGCUGCGCGCUCAUCAGAGCUACAGCGCGCUUUCCAGUGACCACAGUUUCACGCGCACGGGCAUUCUUUCACAGAAGCGCGCGCAGAUGCGGGCAAUGGGUGCGCAGAAUAUUUUAGCGCGUAUUAAUAUAUAACCCUUAAAUGCCUAUAAGCCUUUUUAAAAAUAUACUCUAAGUGCAAUAUCGUGAAUAAAUAGUUUUAAAUUGGUUUAGAAACCUAUAUUCCUACCAAUUCUCGCGGGGCAAUGGAUUUACAGAACAUGAAUGAAACUCAGAUCCCGUUUUGGGAAGGUUCAAGAACUCCAGAAAAUUCCAGCGUGAACAUCUCUGCGUUGGAAGUUAACGCCACCUGUAGCAAUGCGUCAAUAAUUCAGAAAUUCAAACCCACACGACCAAAAGAAAUGGACUCAGUGAGGAUUAUUCUUUACUCACUUGUCUUUCUCCUGAGUGUUUUUGGGAACCUGCUGAUCAUUGUGGUCCUAAUAGCAAACAAGAGAAUGCGGACCGUCACCAACUCCUUCCUGCUCUCGCUGGCUAUUAGUGAUCUCAUGAUGGCCAUCUUCUGCAUGCCCUUUAAUCUCAUCCCCAGCCUGCUGGAGGACUUCAUCUUUGGAGCAGCGAUGUGCAAGACAGUCGCCUAUUUCAUGGGUAUAUCUGUCAGCAUUUCCACCUUCAGUCUGGUGGCCAUUGCCAUUGAAAGAUACAGUGCCAUUUGCAACCCGCUGAAGUCCAGGGCAUGGCAGACCCGUUCUCAUGCCUACAAGGUCAUCACAGCCACAUGGGUACUAUCUGUGGGUAUCAUGGUGCCCUAUCCUGUUUUUAGUAUACUGGUGCCAUUCAACAAGCCAAACAACAUCACGGCUCACAUGUGCAGGCUUGACUGGCCCAUCAGCCAGGUGGAACAGACUUGGUACGUCUUGUUGCUCUUUAUUCUGUUCUUCAUCCCAGGUGUGGUGAUGAUAAUUGCCUACGGUCUCAUAUCCAGAGAACUUUACAGAGGGAUUCAGUUUGAACUGGAGCAGAAGAAAGAGUCUAGUGGUGUAAAGAAUGGGUUGAAUGGUGCACUGUCUUCUGGCCAUGAUGAGAGCGAUGGAUGUUAUAUCCAAGUCCCAAAGAAGCCCCCUGCUAUGGAACUUUCUGCUCUGACCACCUCCGGCACCGUCAAGGCAGACCGUCCACGGAGCAACACCUCAGAGGCAAAGCUCAUUGCCAAAAAACGAGUGAUCCGAAUGCUGAUCAUUAUAGUAGCCAUGUUCUUCGUAUGCUGGAUGCCUCUAUACUCUGCCAACACCUGGAAGGCUUUCGACCAAAAGUCAGCCCAACGCGCACUUUCCGGAGCUCCCAUCUCCUUCAUUCAGCUUCUGUCCUAUACCUCAGCCUGCGUCAACCCCAUCAUCUACUGCUUCAUGAACACCCGCUUCCGGAAGGCUCUCUUGGCCACAUUUGGGUGUUGCAGCCGCCCGUGCCACAACCAGAGGAAGAGGAGGGAAGGUGAUGAUGAGAUCACUGGAGUCACAGGGGCGUCCAUAACAAAGUUCAGUUAUACCACCGUUAGCACGUUAUCCUACAUGAAGAUGUAUCAGGUGGGCAAGGCAAUUCAUUCUUCAACGGAAUCAACGGUCUCUUGGAAAUCUUCACCCCAGUUGAAGUGAUGCCAUGGUCAAAACUGCCAAGCUGCUUGACAGGUUGGAAUUUUAAUGCCCUGGCACUGGAGAUAAUGAUUUAAAUGGAAAAUAAUAAACUGUAAAGGGAUGUUUGAUGAGAUUGCCUUUGAGGCACUAAUGUUCUAAUACACAUUCUCACUAAAACACUAUAAAAAAUAAAAAAAAGCAUUCAGUCUGUCUCACAUUGCAAUUGCUCUAAUUGAUUUUUUCCUUAUUGCUGAAGCUGAUGAAACACCUGGGAUAAUUCGGCUUCUCGCCUUGCCCCAACGAACCCUCUCUGAAUAUAUGAAAGGAGAACUAAGCUCUUGUUUGUGCUGAAAUUAAUUUAUUCAGCGGUUCAUGCUAAACAUGAAAGCUGGAUCUGCACAACGAAACCAAGCGUUUUAAAAUUCAUCCUCAUAAGGAUGGAGCGCACAUGAGAUGUUUGUGUGCUUAUACUUGGUUCAUCUUGUUAUCCACUGGAUUGUUGAAAUGCCUAAAUACCCAUCGUUUAUACAAGUAUUGGCAACAGGGUUAUUACAGUUAACUGCAAAGAAAUGAAAAAUAAAACCCUUAAAACAUUUUUUGUCACUUAAAAAAUUGUUUACUUAAAAUUUAGCAAGGCAACAUUUCUUAUUUUAAUUUUGUUUAACC